GAAAUCUUUAUGUCAACUUUGUCAUUAUGAAUCAUGCUAAACCAGACUUCUGUAACUGAGUUUAUACUCCUGGGGCUUUCACAGAACCCAAAAGUUCAGAAAAUAAUAUUUGUCUUAUUUUUGUUUCUCUACAUUGCAACCAUUGGGGCCAACAUGAUAAUUGCAGUGACCAUCCUCUUCAGCCCUGCACUGCUGGGCUCCCCCAUGUACUUCUUCUUGGCUUUCUUGUCCUUCCUGGAUGCGUGUAUUACUUCAGUCAUCACACCCAAAAUAAUUGUAGACUCCCUGGAUGAGAACAAGACCAUCUCCUUUGAAGGGUGCAUGACACAGAUCUUUGCUGAACACUUCUUUGCUGCAGUUGAAGUGAUUGUCCUGACAGCCAUGGCCUAUGACCGCUAUGUGGCCAUUUGCAAGCCCCUGCACUACUCAUCCAUCAUGAACAGGAGACUCUGUGGCACUCUGGUGGGAGUGGCCUGGACAGGGGGCUUCUUGCACUCUGUCAUACAGAUUAUCUUCACUUUGCAGCUGCCCUUCUGUGGACCCAAUGUCAUUGACCAUUUCAUGUGUGACUUGUUCCCAUUGCUGGAGCUUGCCUGCACUGACACUUACAUCUAUGGCCUCUUAGUGUUUGCCAACAGUGGGUCUAUCUGCAUCAUAAUCUUCUGUAUGUUGCUUGUUUCCUAUGGUGUCAUCUUGUUCUCUCUAAGAGGUCAUAGUUCUGAAGGCCGAUGGAAAGCGCUCUCCACCUGUGGAUCCCACAUUGCUGUUGUGGUUUCUUUCUUUGUCCCCUGCAUGUUUAUAUAUGCACGAUCUACAUCUGCAUCUUCUUUUGAGAAAAAGGUAGCCGUGUUUGAUACCAUCAUGACACCUUUGCUGAAUCCUAUGAUUUACACUUUCAGGAAUAAAGAAAUUAAAAAUGCUAUUAGGAAAAUGUGGAAGAGAUUCAAGGUGGUCUCUGAUAAAUAUUAA